AUGUUCCGCAUUACUGCCAGACGCCUAGCUGCUGCCGUAGCUGCAGCAGCCGAGCCGUCAGCACAUACACUCAAGGUCUCGCAGGCCCAAGGCGUGGCCAACGGCCUGACCGCUGCCAUUGGCAACACGCCCCUCAUCCGCCUGAACAGGCUCUCCGAGGAGACGGGAUGCGACAUCCUAGGCAAGGCCGAGUUUAUGAACCCCGGCGGCUCGAUCAAGGACCGCGCGGCGCUGUACGUGGUUAAAGACGCCGAGGAGCGCGGGCUCCUGCGCGCCGGCGGCACCGUGGUCGAGGGCACGGCGGGCAACACGGGCAUCGGGCUGGCGCACGUGUGCCGCUCGCGCGGCUACCGCCUCGUCAUCUACAUGCCCAACACGCAGUCGCAGGGCAAGAUUGACCUGCUGCGGCUGCUGGGCGCCGAGGUGCACCCCGUGCCGGCCGUCGCCUUUGAGAAUCCGGAAAACUACAACCACCAGGCGCGCCGCCACGCCGAGCGCCUCGACAACGCCGUCUGGACCAACCAGUUCGACAACACGGCCAACCGCCGCGCGCACAUUGAGACGACCGGCCCCGAGAUUUGGGCGCAGACCGCUGGCGCCGUCGACGCCUUCACCUGCGCUACCGGGACCGCCGGCACGCUCGCCGGCGUUACCCGCUAUCUCAAGGACGUGUCGGGCGGCCGCGUCCGCAGCUUCCUGGCCGACCCCCCCGGCAGCGUCCUGCACUCGUACAUUGCGUCCGGCGGGAAGCUAAACGAGCGCAGCGGCUCCAGCAUCACAGAGGGCAUCGGCCAGGGCCGCGUCACCGACAAUCUGCAGCCCGACAUUGACCUGCUUGACGGGUCCAUGACCAUUUCGGACGAGAAGAGCAUCGAGAUGGUGUACCGCUGCCUCGACGAGGAGGGCCUGUAUCUGGGCGCCAGCUCGGCGCUCAAUGUUGUCGCGGCCAAGGAGGUUGCGGAGAAGCUGGGCAAGGGCCACAAGGUCGUCACUGUCCUGUGCGACGGCGCCUACCGAUAUGCCGAUAGACUCUUCUCGCGCAAGUGGCUUACGGAGAAGAAGCUCAUUGGCGCUAUUCCCAAGCACCUAGAAAAAUACAUUGUUCUUGCUUGA